CCCCCCCCCCCCCCCCCCCGAUAACUGGCUAGCUCAGGCUGCUUAGAUCCCUAACUUGUACGAAUCGCUGGGGAACAGCUAGCCAUCUUUCGGAAAUGACUACCGGCAGGAAUAACCGGGCGAUGAUGGAAGGAGUCGGGGCGAGGGUGGUCCGUGGACCCGACUGGAAGUGGGGGAAGCAGGACGGCGGCGAGGGACAUGUCGGCACCGUCCGGAGUUUUGAAAGUCCAGAGGAGGUGGUUGUUGUCUGGGAUAACGGGACGGCCGCGAACUACCGUUGUUCUGGAGCCUACGACGUGAGGAUACUGGACAGUGCACCAACAGGCAUCAAGCAUGAUGGAACCAUGUGUGACACCUGCCGUCAACAGCCUAUCAUAGGCAUUCGCUGGAAAUGUGCAGAAUGCACCAACUAUGACCUCUGCACAACCUGUUACCAUGGAGACAAGCAUCACCUGAGACAUCGGUUCUACAGGAUCACCACCCCGGGCAGUGAGAGAGUUCUUUUGGAGUCGCGUCGCAAGUCGAAGAAAAUCACGGCCAGAGGGAUCUUCACUGGCGGCCGGGUGGUGCGAGGUGUGGACUGGCAGUGGGAGGACCAGGAUGGAGGCAAUGGGAGGAGAGGAAAGGUGACAGAGAUCCAGGACUGGAGUGCAGCCAGCCCCCACAGCGCUGCCUACGUCCUGUGGGACAACGGGGCCAAGAACCUGUACCGCGUUGGCUUUGAGGGAAUGUCGGAUCUGAAAUGUGUCCAGGAUGCCAAAGGAGGCUCGUUUUACAGAGACCACUGUCCUGUUUUGGGUGAGCAGAACGGCAACAGAAACCCUGGCGGUCUGCAGAUUGGAGAUCUGGUCAACAUUGACUUAGACCUGGAGAUUGUCCAGUCCCUCCAACACGGCCACGGUGGGUGGACCGACGGCAUGUUCGAGACCCUCACUACCACUGGCACAGUGUGCGGCAUCGAUGAGGAUCACGACAUUGUGGUGCAGUACCCCAGUGGAAACAGAUGGACGUUCAAUCCAGCUGUGCUGACAAAGGCCAAUGUAGUGCGCAGUGGAGACGCUGCAGCCGGGGCAGAGGGAGGCACUUCCCAGUUCCUUGUGGGAGACCUGGUCCAGAUUUGCUACGACAUCGACCGCAUCAAGCUGCUGCAGAGAGGCCACGGAGAGUGGGCUGAAGCGAUGCUGCCUACCUUAGGCAAGGUGGGGCGCGUCCAGCAAAUCUACUCUGACAGUGACCUGAAGGUCGAAGUAUGUGGAACUUCGUGGACGUACAAUCCUGCUGCUGUCACUAAGAUCGCCCCCUCUGGCUCUGCUGUCAGCAACGCCUCUGGAGAGCGUCUGUCUCAGCUGCUGAAGAAACUAUUUGAGACACAGGAGUCCGGAGACAUCAAUGAGGAGCUUGUCAAGGCGGCAGCCAAUGGAGACCUGGCGAAGGUGGAGGACAUUCUGAAGAGACCGGAUGUGGAUGUGAACGGUCAGUGUGCCGGACACACUGCGAUGCAGGCGGCCAGUCAGAACGGUCACGUGGACGUCCUGAAGUUGCUGCUCAAACACAACGUGGACCUAGAGGCCGAGGACAAAGAUGGAGACCGGGCGGUGCACCACGCAUCCUUUGGCGAUGAGGGCUCCGUCAUUGAGGUGCUGCAGAGGGGCGGUGCCGAUUUGAACGCCAGGAACAAGCGAAGGCAGACCCCGUUACACAUCGCUGUCAAUAAGGGCCACCUGCAAGUGGUCAAAACCCUGCUGGACUUUGGCUGCCACCCAAGCCUCCAGGAUUCGGAGGGUGACACACCCCUGCAUGAUGCCAUAAGCAAGAAGAGAGACGACAUGCUGUCAGUGCUGCUGGAGGCCGGUGCGGACGUUACCAUCACCAACAAUAACGGGUUCAAUGCCUUGCAUCAUGCUGCCCUGCGAGGAAACCCCAGUGCCAUGCGUGUGCUGUUAUCCAAGCUGCCAAGGCCUUGGAUCGUGGACGAGAAGAAGGACGACGGUUACACCGCACUGCACCUGGCUGCCCUCAACAACCAUGUGGAGGUGGCUGAGCUGCUGGUGCACCAGGGCAGCGCCAGCUUAGACAUCCAGAAUGUCAACCAGCAGACAGCGUUGCACUUGGCCGUGGAACGCCAACACACCCAGAUAGUCCGGCUGUUGGUGCGGGCAGAGGCCAAGCUCGACGUGCAGGACAAGGAUGGGGACACACCACUUCACGAGGCGCUGCGUCACCACACGCUGUCCCAACUGCGACAACUCCAAGAUAUGCAGGAUGUCAGCAAAGUGGAGCCUUGGGAACCCUCCAAGAACACAUUAAUCAUGGGCCUGGGCACCCAGGGGGCAGAGAAAAAGAGUGCAGCAUCCAUCGCCUGUUUCCUGGCUGCUAAUGGAGCUGACUUGACCAUUCGUAACAAGAAGGGCCAGUCCCCCCUGGACCUGUGUCCCGACCCCAGCCUCUGCAAGGCCCUGGCCAAAUGUCAUAAAGAAAAGAGCAGUGGACAGGUGGGCACCCGCAGCCCGUCUCAGAACAGCAACAUCGAGUCGCUGGAUGAGUGUAUGGUGUGUUCGGACAUGAAGAGGGACACCCUGUUCGGGCCCUGCGGACACAUCGCCACCUGCUCCCUCUGCUCGCCGCGCGUCAAGAAGUGUCUCAUCUGCAAGGACCAGGUCCAGUCUAGAACCAAGAUCGAGGAGUGCGUAGUCUGCUCUGACAAAAAAGCAUCCGUGCUGUUCCAGCCCUGUGGCCACAUGUGCGCUUGUGAGAACUGUGCCAGCCUCAUGAAGAAGUGCGUACAGUGUCGGGCUGUAGUAGAACGCCGCACUCCUUUCGUUCUCUGCUGUGGAGGGAAAGGUAUGGAGGAUGAUGAUGAUGCCGCUGAUGAUGAUGAUGAUGAUGAUGAUGAGGGUGAUGAUGAUGAUGAUGAUGAGGAUGAUGAUGAGGAUGAUGAUGACCUUACAGGGAGCUCUAACACUAUGGCAGGGGGAUCGCAGGAUCUUGUCCAGCCCAACAAUCUGGCACUAAGUUGGUCCAGUGGAAACAUCCCGGCCAUGCAGAGGGACAAGGACAACACCAACGUCAACGCUGAUGUUCAGAAGCUCCAGCAACAGCUCCAGGACAUCAAGGAACAGACCAUGUGUCCGGUUUGUCUGGACCGGCUCAAGAACAUGAUCUUCAUGUGCGGACACGGCACCUGCCAGCUGUGCGGGGACCGAAUGAGCGAGUGCCCCAUCUGCCGCAAGGCCAUCGAGCGCCGCAUCCUCCUCUACUAGACCCCCCCCACCCCCACCCCCACGGACUCUGUCACUUCUCUUAAAGUUCACACCAACCACGCCUGCAAGGCCACAACCACACCAGCUGCUGCCACUGCUACUGCUACUGCUGCCGCCGCCGCUGCCGCUCUACCCUCCUCACAGCACCCGAGUCAGCCGGCCAAGGGCGUCCUAAAAAAUGUCUUAGUCCACACAACAGACGCUCCCUGAACGGUCUGACUGUGUUCAUGUGGAGUUUCUGUUACAAAACCAGGAAAGAUUAGAUCGACUUCUCUUCUCUUUGUCGCUCUCUUUUCCUCUUUCUUACCACCCUCUCCUCAUCCCUUUCUCUGUUUUCACUUCUAUUGUGAAACUUCUCCUCUCUCUUGGAGUACAUGGAGGCCCCCUCAGACUUUAAAUCUUGAAAAAUGAACUUAAAGGGGUCGGACCUGUGCCUGGAUACCCCCCCCCCCGGAACGGCUUUGAGUACCAGAGCGAAUCCACGAGAGUAGAGGAGGCGAGGUCGCCCCCCCCCCCCCCCCCCCCCUCGGUGUAAAGUUCUCAAGCAUCUGUCGCAGUCAAGUUUUAUUGUAUCUGUAAAUCUUAAUUCCAGUGUUUUGCUAUCUGAAGCUCCUGGUGUGGAUUUUUUCAGUAAUUAAGUUUUCAUUACAGUAUGGCGAGUUUGUGACGCAUCCCUGUUUGCACCAUGUUACAGGCUCCUGUGAGUGUUUUUGGCUUUGUGUCUGUGUUUGGCCGUCGUGACACACGCCGCCUGCCGCCUGUCCUCGCCGUCGAAGACCACAUGUUGGCGGUUUUGCACUAGAAAAAGCUGAGUCAGGGUUUCAAACGCUCGUUUCCACACUCACUGCGGUGGCCCCACUGCUGCUCAGUGGUUAACAAAGGCGGAGCAGUCGGACUGCCAGGUAGCACACCACACCCGUACUUUGUUUACCGAGCUGCACCGAUCACGACGGCUGGGUUUUUUUGCGACACGAGAGCGCCUCCGUGUUGGAGCUCAAGACAAACACGCGAAACCUCUGCAGCUUCUGUCCAGUGACCAGCCCCUGUUGUACACACAGACCCACGAGAUGCAAACCAGUCUCCUGUCACACCGUUUUGUUAAAGCUCUAAUGAGACCUGGUGGUAUUGUACAAUUCAAUGAGCAUUGCUAAUUUACCAUUGAUUACUAUGUGCCAUUUUGCUUCCAAAAAUCUACCGGUUUAAUAACUUGUAAGGGGGAUAAGGUGCUCUUUAUCUUGUAUUAAUGUUUUUCCCUUCUUUUUAUUUAAAGUGUAUUUCCCUUUCUUCUCAAAAAAAUCUACAUUUAUUGAGCUGGAGAGUACAAUCUAUUAGAACACUAAGAUGAAAAUGUAGAUUAAAUUAUUUUGUAUUGCUGCCCAAAAAUAGGAUUUAUAGGUCUCACAGCCUUCCUAAUAUGUAGCCUCAAAAAUCUGUCAAACAUUCUGCUUUGAUAUUAAUGUUGAGAUAUGUUGUGAUGUUUCCUUUUUAUUCUGUUUGCUUUCUGUUGGCUGUCGCUUUCUGGAUAGAAAGAUGGAAGCUUUUCUUCUCCCCCUCUCGGAUUUAGGUCUCCGUAAACUCAUUUGUGUGAAACAGAAAAAAAAAGAUGGAGACUUUUGUUUUGACAUGAAAAAUGACAAGUAUCUUCUCACCAGUAUUUUUAUUUAGGAGGAAAAGCUAACUUUUUUUAUUUUUUAGAAAGACAGAACUUGCCUUACCUCUCUUAAAAAGGCAGUUGCCCAUGUGGAGACGCAGCGACGUGGCCGGCUUGCUCUGCUUUGUGGGAAAACUGCAACCGCAUACAAGCAUUAUUUUAUUCCCCCCACCCCCCCAACCCUUCUUCUCUUUGUAGGACUGAAACCCCCCCCCCCAGUACGGUUUUGAUUCUUUCCACUGAUAACACUUUAAGCUAGAAGCACUAAUACGCUUUAUGGUAGUGUUGUCUUGUUAUGGUUGUCAUGAAAAAGCCUAUUUUGUACUUUAUUUUAAAUCCCUGUAAUUGUCCUGUUGGAAAUGUAUUCGUGGUAUUUUUAUUUUAAUUUUUUUUUAUUUUCUUUGGCAUGAAUGUUUGACAUAUGCAGUACGACAUGUAUCAUGAAAACAGUUCGGUCUGUAUUGCUGAUAAGUGCUUUUAAAAACAACAGUAUAGCUGGAAUAAAGAUCUAAAUGAACCAUGGGGACAUUCA